GAACUUGCCUGCAUGAAGGAAAACGACCACUUGAAGUGACCUGUUUUCCGUAGUGAAUUGCAAAAGAAUGUGGAUUAACCAAAUUCCUUGCUACCUACUGAUGGUAGCACAUUUGUGUAUUCUGAACCGGUUUGUCUACAGCCAAGAAAAAGUUCCAGAUUCUUCACAUUUGGCUCAGAACCUGACAUGUAUAACACACAAUCUUGACAAUGUUGUCUGCACUUGGACUACGGCUGCCGAAGAUGAUUCAAAAGUUAUUUAUGAAUUCUGUUACAAUGUCAGUUUUUCUGAUCCACAAUGUUCAUUAACCAAGGAAAAAAAGGCAACAUUUGCAUUAAUUAUCUUUGAACAUAUACAGAUUGAGAUAACCACCCUCAAUUUAACUAAGGGAAAAAAGAAUGAUCCCAUAGCUGAAAACACAUUUCUGCUUUCUGAAAAAGACAUUUUACUUGUUCCUCCGAUGCCUCAUAUUCAUAGACUGACUCCAGAUUUUUUAGCUGACACGUUGAUUCUGGAAUGGUAUGAUGGUGGAUCAGUCUUUCAAUACAAAAUUGAUUGUACUUGGCAAAUUCAGAUUCUGCGUAAAGAUCCAAUGGAGGAAAUAGCACUAGAGACAUAUAACACAUCAGUUGGCAGCAAAGAUACUCUCCUUCGUUGGGAAUGGACAUCAGAUCUGCCUUUUAAUUGCACCACUCACUACAUUAGGAUUCGCUGUUUUCUUAAUGAGAAAAAUUUUGAUGGAAAGAAGAUGUGGAGUGAAUGGAGUCCACUUGCAAACAUUCCAGGAAAGGACAGAGGCAAUUUCACAAAAAUGUACCCUUUAGAUAAAGUGGUGGUAGGAGGUUCCAACGUGACUUUCUGCUGUAUGUAUGAAGCUGAAGAUACUUUCAUCACUAUUAAAUAUUGGAAUUUGUGCGACACUCUGAACUGUAAGGCUGCCCCUCUCACCAAAUGGAGCAAGUCAUUCUUUGUGCAAAAUGUCACUGCUGCCGCUAAUUCUGGAUUUAAUGCCUGGUGUAAAUUACAAAAGGGAGGAACAGGCAAGUUCUUCGUUACUGGAACGGUUUUAUUUGUGGGCUAUCCUCCGGAUGUUCCACAAAAUUUAACCUGUGAAACACAGAAUUUUAAGGAAAUAACAUGCCACUGGCAGGAGGGAAAGCCCACUUUAUUAGUUGGUGCAAGAAAAACCAAACAUGCCUUAUUUGAAGGAAACUCUGGGAAAAAUAUCACAUGUGCGGAAUCAAAUCGUAAAAAUUAUCAUUGUAAUUUUACAAUCCUGAAGAACCAAACAGAAUACAACUUCACACUACAUGCUUCCAAUCAUCUCGGCCAAUCAGAAGCUUCCCUCAUAAUUGAUAUUAGGCAUAGAGUUUACCCACAUACUCCUGCAGACUUAAGAGUGAGCAGUGUAACUUCAACCAGCUUCAGACUGUCUUUUUCUUUGCCUGGCAAUUUCAAAGAAACCAAACUGCUAUGUCAGGUUCAAAUUCCCAGUGGCCCUUUCCAAGAAGAAAGGAAUGUACUGCUGAAUAAUUCAGAAAAUUCACGUUAUACAAUCUUAGUGGACAAAUUGCGUCCAUACACAAAUUACAUUUUCCGAGUUCGCUGUGCAACUCCAGUGCCUUUCUUUUGGAAAUGGAGUAAUUGGAGCAAGAACAAGACCGACACAACUCAACAAGCCCAACCAGCAAGAGAGCUUGAUAUCUGGAGAGAAAAAGAUGCUAAUGAUACAGUCACUCUCUUUUGGAAGCCACUCCCUAGUCUUGAAAGCAAUGGAUUGAUAGAGACUUAUGAGGUAUAUUGGACACUGCCAGAUAAAUCCACAAAGAAUGAAUCAGUUCCUGCAUCCCAAAACUCCACCAAAAUAAAACUUUGGAAAAAUGAUUACAUAUUUACGGUGAAGGCAAAGAACAAGGCGGGUGUUUCUCCUCCUUCUUCAAUCAAUAGUGCUGAGCUUCCAGUGGGUGAUGUUUCUGUAGAAAAGGGAAUUGGAAAAGAUGAUACUAUUUCUCUUGAUUGGCACCCGGACUCCAAUGUGACUUGUGGCUACGUAGUGAGGUGGUGUUAUAGUCCUGAGCCGUGUACAGCUGUUCACUGGGAAACGUUUUCUUCAAGUGUGACAAAUGCUGAUAUUAAAUCAGCUGUCUUCCAGCCUGGAGUUCGAUAUACAUUUUCUGUCUUUGGCUGCAAAGAAACUGGAUAUCAGCUACUGGGAUAUAUCAAGGGCUACAUACAAGAACUGAGUCCCAAAAAGGCACCUGAUUUUAGUGUGCAACAAACCACCUCUGAUUCCAUCUCAGUAAAAUGGAAGAAUAUAUCUGUGGAAGACAGACGAGGCUUUUUGCAAGGUUAUGCGCUUCUUUGUGCCAAAGGAGAGAAAGAUGGCCCAGCACCAAAAUAUUUUCAAUCAGAAAUGAACAUUACUGAUCUAAAUAAAGAUUCGAUGACGGUAUCAGGCCUUCAAGGGAAAACCGGUUACCAUCUGACUUUUAGAGCCUAUACAGCUGCAGGAUAUGGACCUCGUAAAGCCUUGUAUGUGGUUACAAAGGAAAACGCUUUGGGAUUGAUCAUUGCCAUAAUUAUCCCGGUGUCUGUGGUUCUUGUGUUGGCAGUUGUAACCGGGAUCCUCUGCUACAGGAAGAGGGAAUGGAUUAAAGAAGUCUUCUAUCCUGACAUUCCAAACCCAGAACACUCCAAAGCUUUGGAUUUCCCAAGAGAUUCAGAGGGGAACUGUAAUUCUAAAACCUUGGAGAUGAACCCGUGUACUCCCAAUAAUAUCGAAGUAAUUCAAUCCCAGUCCCAGAGUCUGAAGAUUGAAGACACGGCCAUUACAUCACCUGUUAUGGAAGACCCUCCUGAAGAUGGCUUGGAGUCUGAAUCAGGGAGCCACGUUGUGGUUUCCUAUUGUCCACCAAUUAUUGAGGAAGUUAUAUCUAAUCCACCAGAGGAUGAAUCUGCAGCAUCUUCCCAGGUUGUUUAUAUUGAUGUCCAGUCAAUGUAUCCAGCUCCAGUUAAACCAAAUGAAGAAUUGGAAGCUGACUGUGUGGUUUCAGCAGGUUAUAAACCACAAAUGCAACUCGCAGUUAAUAAUUUCAGACAGUUGGAGGAAACAUCAACAACAGAAGAGGACUCAGACAAGGGUGCAGGCUAUAGACCACAAAUAAAUGCAUCCUCCUGGAAUACAGGCUGUCCAGAUUCUCCAGAAUCCACAGAAAAUGUCUCAUUUGGGAGCCCUUGUUCAAUUAAUUCUCGGCAGUUUUUGAUUCCUCCUAAAGAUGAGGAUGACGAUUCUCCCAAAGCUAUUAACUCAGGAUGGUCUUUUGCUAACUUAUUUCACACCAAAUCAAAUGAGUAAGGCACGGUUGCCCUGGAAAUAGCUGUUUGCUUGGAACUGGUUGUUAGCAGUUUUGGAAGUACUAUCCCAGAGCGUUUAUUAUUUU